AUGGGGCCUUACGAAGGAAAAGGCCGCAGCCCUGCAGGUUUCCGCCUCGCGCCGUCGCUAGGCAGCGGCUACACGUGCCCACCAAUGAGAACGCGGAGGGGCCGCCGCGUUCCACGGUUGCUGCGCGACCCCGGCCGGGGCGUUCCAGGGUCGCUACGGCGAGCCUGGCCGGUCCUGUCCUGCGGAGCCGUUGGCCCCGGAGCCAGACCCCUCCCGGCAGGGCCAGGUAGCAUGACCGACAUGGAGCUGGAAGAGGAUGGAGCCACCCUGGAACACGAGGAUGAGAAUGGCACCAAAUCCAAUCUGGAGACAGUGGAGCCGCCAUCCUGUCCUGAGACUGCAGGCACCCGGGCAAAGGACGGUUGCGAUUCCCUAUUGGACUCCAUCGACACUCAGCUUAGCCAGCUGCAGGGCCCUGGUGCAGGAGUCGCAGGUGGUCACACAAAUGGGGACACCUCCCUGGAAUGGUCCCCCAACGCCUCCUGGACUGCAGAGACGGAAGGAUGCUAUGUGAACCAGGACGGCACCUCCUGGGGCGAAGCCGGCCCCUCUCGGAAGGAGGAGUACGGCUGGAGGCUGCUGCAUCUCCUUGGCUCUGAGCAAGCACCGGAGAACCUGGAGGACCAGAGCGACUCGAAUUCCGUUUGCACGGAGGACUUUGCUGCUAGGUUUAGGGACGGCAUGGUUGACCCCCUGGUGAAUUCCGAUGGGGAAGGGGAUGUGCCAUCUGGGGAUUUCCCAGCUGGAGACUCUGCUGAGGAAGGGAGCGUCCCGAGUGUCAAAGCCAGGAGCACUGGUCUCUCCCCCUCCACGGAGACGUGUGAGGCUGUGGCAGAGGGGCGAGAAGGGGACUUACCCCUGGCUUUGUCCAGCAGCAUGGAAGGGCCCCAGUCCCUGAGCUCUAGGACCAGGAGAGAGAGCCUGGAGUCUCUGGGGGACAGGAUAUCCAGGCUGAGCCAGCUCAACACCAUGGAUAUCCCAAGCAGCAUGGACACGGGGAAAGCCAGCUCCAUGGGAAGCCGGGCUCCCAGACUAGCCCUGCCUGAACGGGUGGAGACCUCAGAGGAAAGCAUUCCCUGGCCCCUGGAGGGCUCUUCCCGAUGGGUUCAGGACUCCCAGGAAAAGUCCCUACCUUUCAGCAGCCCCUUGCUCGUGGAGGAGCUGGGCCCCAGCCAGCCACUCAGAGCUCUGGUUGCCACUGCCAGCGGCACGAGAGCCUGGGCCAGAGAGUCCCAGCCUGUGAGGACAGCUCUGAGUACAUUUGGGAGGAGACAAACUGAGCAUGGGCACGUCUGGUCCCAAAGCCCCUCUCACUCCGCAUCCACAGCGGCUUGCAGCAGCCCUUCACUGGCCUCCAGAGGGGGGAAGAGCCCCCGGCUAAUAGCAUUCCCCUGCCCCGAACAAGGGCUGCCCCUGGAGAAGCUGGGACAUCAGGGCUCUGCUUUGCAAGGGUUUGGUGCCACAACACAGCUGGCUAGUAGCCCUGAAAGUGCCCAGACGUCCCAAGCUAUGGUUAGCGAUGGCUGCGUGGUGACGCAGGGUGGGGUUGGUCCAGGAGAUCCCAAGAGGGAAGCCCCAAAGCUGCUGCAACAGGGGUCAGUGAUUCCCCGGGGACCGUCUGGAAGGGGCAUCACUCGUGCUGCGGCUAGCGGAAGCAGGGAGGGAAUCGGGCGGAGCUGUGAGCUGCAGUCUGGCCAAGCGGAGAGGGGAGCUCACGGCCUGGCACUGUAUCCUAACCCAGAGGCAGGCAUCUCCGAGAGUCAUGAGAUGCAGAGCAGCCUGAACCCAGCUCGGGACGAGGGCUAUCCGGGGCCCUGCAACUACAAGCACAUGGCUGGCGUCCCCAUCACCAGUUUCAACACCGUCACCAUCGAUAGUGACCUGGACUCAUUGAGGACGGAGACAGUCCAGGUUCACCUCUGCAAGGCCAUCAGCUGCCGGAAAGCUCCUGGCCGCAGCACCAAGGGGCCCUGCUGCCCACGGAGAGACUCUUUGGGGUGCCUGGGAUCCAGCAGUGCAGUCACUGACGAAGAGGAAGAGGAAGAGUUCCUGUGGUCUUGUGGCAGCGCUGACUGGAGGAGCAGCAGCCCUGCGAGGUGGAGCUCAAUGCCAAGCAGGGCAGAGUCCGUCUGGGAGGAUACCAGGAACAAAGCCUGCAUGGAGCACAAGGUGCUGUUCCUGUGGCAGAGGGCAAUUCUCCCAUGGGUGUUGGGAUGGCAGGUGCACUGCAAAUAGGGAAGCCCUAGGCACCACUGUGUGUGACUGGGAAUGAUGCCUGUGAAGUCCAGCUGGGGGCGGGGGGGGGGGGGGGACCCGGCUUUCCAGC